AUGUCUUUUCAAGAUUCUUCAUUGACUCCAACCAUAGAUGAUCUUAUUGAUAUUAACAUGAUGCUUGAUGGGAGUGAGGAAGAGGAGACAACAGACGGAGGGAAUUUAGAGAUUGGUGAGAUGAUUGAUUUGGAACUUCCAAUUACACUUCCAACUGACAACACUACUCAAAAUACAACUACUGCUCAAAAUACUUCUACCACACAAAAUACAACUACUGCUGAUGAUGGUGCAACCCCUCCAGUUGACCCAGAUCAGAGUUCUCAAAGCCAGAGAAAUGCAUUUGGUAAAGCUCCUCGUCCCAAGAAGUCUUCUAUUCAUACUGAAAUGGUUCUUAUAGAAAUCCCUGAUUGUGCCAAGAAGUGGAAAUACAGAUGGCGUGGUAAGCUUUACACUUAUGAUGUGAAAGGGAAAAGUACUACUAAUAGUAAGAAACAUUUAGAAAAUUGCAUUCAAAGAAAGUUGAGGCUGAAAGGUAAUACUGACAAACAUGUUGCACAAUCUAGGUUAAAUGUAGGUGGUGAUAGUACUCCUAGUUUGGCAACUUGGACAUAUAAUCAUGCUAGGGUUAAAGAGGUUGCAGCUCAUAUGAUUCUAGGUUAUGAAUUUCCUUUUUCUGUUAUGGAAGGUGUUAUCUUUAAUGAGUUUCUGAGAGAAAUUUAUCCAUGGUACAAAAAGAUUACUAGACAACAGGUUAAGUUUGAUUGUGAGACAUUUUAUGAGGCUGAGAGAGUUAAGAUGAAAAAGUCUAUGUCUUUGAUUAACAGGAUUAGUCUUACAACUGACCUGUGGUGGUCUGGUGAGCAGAUGAUAGGUUAUAUGACUAUGACUGGUCAUUUCAUUGAUUCAAAAUGGCAGCUUCACAAAAGAAUUUUAUCUUUUAAGAAUGUGCCACCACCAUAUUCAGGUGAGGUUUUAUGCAGGGACUUGAUUAAGGUCAUGGAUAAUUGGGGCAUAAGGGAUAAGGUUGUUUCAAUUUUAGUUGAUAAUGCUAGUGCCAAUGAUAAUUGCAUUGUUAGGUUGAAGAGAGAUUAUUCUGGUAGGAGAAAUCUACCAUUGAAUGGUAAACUAUUUCAUGUGAGAUGUUGUGCACACAUCUUAAAUUUGUUGGUUCAGGAUGGUUUUGAUAUGAUUAAGGUGAAUGUUGAUAAGAUUAGAAAUGGGGUCAAAUACUUGCUGAAUUUUGAAACUAGAUGUAAAGCCUUCAAAAAAUUUGUUGAUGAGAUGCAACUUGAAGGCAAAAUGCAAGUGUUGGAUACUAAGACAAGGUGGAACUCAACUUGGUUUAUAUUGUCUACUGCAUACCACUACAGAGAAGUCUGGCCUAGAUAUGCUGAAGAAAAUGGUGCACUUCUCAACUAUUUGCCUGAUGCAAAUGAUUGGGAACAUGUUCAUGAUAUUUGCAAGUUCCUGGAGGUUUUUGCUGAUGUUACAUCAAUCAUUAGUGGCACCUUUUACCCUACUGCUAAUUUGUUUUUGUUUGAGCUUUACAGGGUGAAAGUUCUACUUGAUAAACCUUCAAGCAUCUCAAAUAAUCCUCGGCUGCAAGCUAUUGCUAAUGAAAUGAAGUUGAAAUAUGACAAGUAUUGGUCAGAGUCUAUGUUUAUGCUUGAUAUGUUGCCUUGA